CUCACUUUACCUACCCUUAAUGGCUUCUUCCUUUACUUCUUCCAAAUGCAAUAGGUGCUUCACAACUUGUUCUAAUAAUAUUAAUGGUGACGACGACUACAUUGGUGCCGAGAGCUGCAUGGAUCUUCAAAACGACAUUGUUGAGAUUGAGAUGGAAAAAAAACAAAAUGUUGCUGAAAAAUUGGAAAAGAAGAGAGAGUUGCCUCCCCCUAUUAGGCUCCUAUGCAAUACUCACAAUAGCAAGUCAUCAUGGGCAUUGAAGAGGUACCGUACAAGUGAUGGAAGAUUAAUUCUAAGAGAAGAGAAAGUGAAGGGUCGCGAAUAUUUUCAAGCACACAGAUCCAAUGGCCGUCUUAUAUUGCAGCUGAUUCCUCUUGGUGACGAUGACGCAGCAGCAGAAGAGCGUGAUGAAAAUGAUAACAAUCACAAGGGAACUACUUUAGGUGGGGAACCACUACUAUGUUUGAAUUGCAACUCUUCUUCCUCAUCAUCCCGGCGUGUAUUUCGAGGGCCACCAAUAUACAUUGGAUCCAUUUAGAAAGCUUCACAGUUAAUUACCCACUUUCUCUUUUCCUUAAGGAAUGUUGUUUUGUUGAGGAUGGAUCCAUUUUAAGUUUCGCUCAAUGGUUAAAUCGUCUUCAUGUUUA